AUGUUUCUUUCCCGUUUCGUCGGCCUGCUGGCGGCCACAGCCAGUGUGGCUAAAGCGGUCAACAUCACAAAUUAUGAAUAUGUCGUCGUCGGUUCUGGUGCUGGUGGGGGUCCCCUAGCUGCGCGUCUUGCGCUGGCUGGUCACAAGACUCUUCUUCUCGAGGCUGGUGAUGACCAGGGUGAAAACUACAACUACACCAUCCCGGCCUACUCUGCCCGAUCCUCCGAGGAUGAGAAGCUUGCGUGGAAUUUCUUCGUCAACCACUAUUCCGAUGAAGAGCGUCAAGCUCGUGACUGGAAGACCAGUUAUGAUACCCCCGAUGGCGGACUUUACACUGGCCUCAGCCCUCCUGACGGCUCGAAGAUGAAGGGAACUCUCUACCCUCGUACCGGUACCCUGGGAGGAUGCACUGCUCACAACGCCCUGAUCGCCGUCUACCCUCACCAAUCCGACUUCGAAUACAUCUCUACCCUCACUGGUGACAGCUCUUGGACCCCGGAUAAUAUGCGCAAAUACUUCACCAAGCUCGAGAACAACAACUACUUGCUCCCAGGACAGGAGGGUCACGGUUAUGACGGCUGGCUCAUUGUUUUGGAGGACCCCCAACUUCUGAGCAUGCUUACCGGUGGUGCUUUUGCCCUCGGAAACCUCACUGACAACGUUAUGAACAUUGGUACUCUCCUGGCUGGCGAUGCUAAUGCCGACUCUAAGUCUCGCGACACCGACCCGGGCUACUACCAAAUCCCCAUUUCGACCGACGAUGCCCACCGCAACGGUGCUCGUGAAUUUAUUAUUGCUGUUCGUGAUGCCAAGUUUGACAAUGGCACUCAAAAGUACCCUCUCGAUGUUCGCAUGAACACCCACGUUACCAAGGUUGUCUUCGAUGAGACCGUCACCCCUCCUCGCGCCACUGGUGUUGAGUUCCUGGAUGGCCGUCACCUGUACCGCGCCAGCCCACUGUCCAAGUACGCCCUUGAUGGUAUCCCUGGCUCUGCCAGCGCCUCUCGCGAGGUUAUUGUCUCCGGUGGUGUCUACAACUCUCCCCAGCUCUUGAAGCUGAGCGGAAUCGGACCUGAGAAGGAACUCAAGAAGUUCGGCAUCAAGGUGAUCAGUGAUCUUCCUGGUGUCGGUACCAACCUCCAGGAUCACUACGAGAUCUCUGUACAGGGAAAGAUUGAGAAGGACUUUUCUUGCCUGGACAAGUGCACUUUCAGCAUCCGCGACCAGGAAGACCCUUGUAUCAACGAGUGGGAGUCUCCUAUUCUGGGUGACCGUGGUAUCUACUCAUCCCCCGGUCUUGCCGCUACUAUGCUCUACAAGAGCUCUACCACCGAUGACAACUUCGACAUCUUCUGCUUCGGAGGUCCUGUCAACUUCCGUGGAUACUUCCCCGAUUACAGCAUCAACGCCACCGACGAGCACAACUGGUUCACCUGGGCAAUUCUCAAGGCCCACCCCCGCAACACCGCCGGUACCGUUACUCUGCAAUCCGCCGAUCCCCUUGAUAUGCCUGAGAUUACCUUCAACUACUUCGACACUGGUGUCGGCGACUACGACGCUGAUCUCACCGCGCUGUACGAAGCCAUUGAGCUUGCCCGUGACGCUUUCGAUCGCCAACUUGUCAACAUCACUGAGGUUCUCCCUGGUGCCGCCGUCCAGUCCAAGAAGGAUGUCGAGCAAUAUGUCAAGGACGGAGCCUGGGGCCACCACGCCUCCUGCACCUGCCCCAUUGGUGCCGACGACGACCCAAUGGCUGUCCUGGAUUCCAAGUUCCGCGUCCGUGGUGUCUCUGGACUUCGUGUCGUGGACGCUUCCGUCUACCCCAAGAUUCCCGGUACCUUCACUGCUGUUUCCACCUACAUGGUUGCAGAGAAGGCCGCCGAUGAGAUUCUGAGUGAGCUCAAGGCCGACUCCUAA